AUGACCCCCCCUAAAUCCCCCAAACAGGCAAAAACUACAAGGGACAGAAUAACCAACAAACCUCAAAAUAAGAAGUCCCUCCCAAGGGGGCCCUCUGACAAGGAGGAGCAUGCAGAAUAUAAAGGAGCCCCUCCCCUUCCCAUGAGGGGAGAAGGAGUGGGUAAAAUCCCAACAAGGAUCAAAAUCUUCAAUGAAACAGGGACCAACUAUCUGAAGUAUCCAAGGGAUCUAAAAAGAACCACGUCAAGUAUCACUCAAAAUGAAGUCCACCUGAGACAACCGAAGUGCAAAAACCAGACCUAA